CGUCGUGACGAGAUGCGCCAACUCAGCUCCAGUUCCAGAAACACUCAAGCCACACAAGAAUAAUGUGCGCUCAGACGCACCAGUCACGGUCUUGGAAAGCGUCGAUGUCGUCAUGAUUCCAGGACUAACAAUAUUCGCUCUUUGUGGUAUCCUACUUAUCUUGAUGUUUGACGUUGAUCGUUGACCUCAUAAAGUCAUUUACGCAGAUUAAACCCGUCCUCAAGAUCAUGUCGUUCCUGAAGACCGUCCUCAAGCCCAACGUCUUUGUACCUCUCACUGGCAAUAUCCUUGCAAUUGGAUCCUCGACAUACUACUUGCAAUCAAAGAUCAACUACAAUCUCGAAGAACAAGAAGCACGCCUGGACGAAAUCGAAGGAACACUACGAGGUCACAUUGGUCUGAUCGAAGACGCGUUGGAUCGGAUUGAGGAGAAGCCGAACCAAAACCAUCAGGAGAAGCUGUACAGUCAAAGAGCGAGGGAUGAGAAAAAGGAGAAAGAGCAGAAAUAGCGCGAUGUCUGCCAAAGGAUGAGACGGCUCGCCCGAAUAGUGCUGCCCAGGAACAAGCAAACAUCGACACGAAGAGGUUGUGGUUCCAGACUUACGUCUUGCGAUCAUUUUGUCUUCGUCCGAGGCUUUCACUCUGCCUAGCUCAUUAUGCAUAAUGGCUCUGGCGCCCCGUGUUGACGUAGCGUGAGCAACCACUUCAAUAUCACCACUGACUCG